AUGCGUCGCUUCGAGGGACAACUUGCUGUGAUAACGGCAUCUACUGCUGGUAUAGGCCUUUCUAUUGCUGAGAGAUUUGCAUCGGAAGGGGCUCUUGUAGUAAUCAGUUCAAGGAAACAAAAAAAUGUUGAUGAAGCUUUAGAGAAAUUGAAAGGAACAGGGAAAGUGAAGGGGAUUGUUUGCGCUGUCAACAACAAAGAGCAUCGACAGCAAUUGUUUCACUUUGCAACUACUGUUGCAUUUCCUGAAUUAGAAUUUCGAAAAAUUGAUGUCUUGGUCAGCAAUGCAGCAUGUUCACCAUACUUCGGAGAAACCCUGCAAACGCCUGAACGUGCGUUUGACAAGUUGUUUGAAGUUAACGUGAAAGCAACAUUCUUUCUGAUUGCUGAAGCGCAAAAUUUCUUAACUGAUGGAGCCUCAAUCCUGAUCAUUUCUUCCUACUUGGCAUUCAAUCCAAGCUCACCUAUUGGAAUUUAUGGUGUCACAAAGACGGCCUUGCUCGGUUUAACCAAAGUUCUUGCAAAUGAAUUGGGCCAACGGAAAAUAAGAGUGAGAUGA